GACGUCUCCGCGCAUGCGUGUAGCGGGUUGAUGGAAAGGUUGAUGAAAAGCGCAUUCCCCCUGCAAUUGUCGACGGCAACGCGAGGAGAUAGACGUUAUUCCGGGGACGAUUUUAUCAGUGGGAUUUCAAAAUGGCAGCACGUGUUAACAACUUUCCUCCACUGCCUCAGUUCCUGAGAAUUAAAUCAUGCUUUUAUCAGAACAUAGAAGAGGAAAUUCCCCCGUCACACCAGCAGUUGGUGCGCAGAGUCUACAUCCUCUGGAUGAUGUAUUCAGGAACACUCUGCUUAAAUGUGGUGGGAUGUAUUGCUUGGAUGGCUGGGGGUGGAAAUGCUAUAAACUUUGGCUUCUCCUUGCUCUGGCUUGUCCUCUUCAGUCCCUGUAGUUACACCUGUUGGUUCAGACCACUCUACAAAGCCUUCAGGGCAGAUAGCUCAUUCAACUUCAUGGCCUUCUUCUUCAUCUUCUUUGUUCAGUGUGUCGUGGCCCUCAUUCAGACUGUAGGCAUAAUUGGCUGGGGAACAUGCGGCUGGAUUGCCACAGUGGCGUUUUUCGGCCAUAAUGUGGGCUCCGCCAUAGUGAUGCUCAUCACAGCUCUGCUCUUCACUCUGGUGACUGUUUUAAUGGGACUGGUGCUAAUUAAGGUGCACAGACUGUACCGUGGCGGCGGCGGCAGUUUGCAGCGUGCUCAGGAAGAGUGGAGCAGUGGAGUGUGGAAGAACGCGUCGGUGAGGGAAGCAGGGUUCGAUGCCGUCACUCAGACGGCCCAAGGACCGACCUUACCUCAGUACCCUGCUGCAGUGCCGAGCUAUCCCGACAACAGUCACUGGUGAUAGCCAAGCAUGGCCAGUAGAUGGAGACAGAGAGCAGGUCAUCUGUAUUCUAUGGUGUAGUUGAAAGUGCCAUAUGAUUUCACCUUAACUGGAUAAAAUGCAUAUGCUGUAUGAUGCCUACACAGUUUUUGAGUCAGAGGACAAUAUUGCUAUAAAGGAAAAGCUUUAUUUCUCUUCUAGAAGGUUAUUUUCUAAAUGUGCCAUUUCAUUUUACUUUGUAAAUGCUGUUUAUUGCAAUGAGACACGGUUGUUGUUUUUUUACUUUUAUGCUGGAAGUUCAAAACCAGCUUGGCAGUGUGUAUUGGAUGUGUGCCUUAUGGACAUUUGCAUUCUGGCAGAACCUCAGUUAAGUUUUUAUUCCUUGUGCUUGAUAAUCUCAGUGUUUGCCUGCUCUUAGCUGUGUCUUCGUGAAAUGAAUGCACCUUAUUACUGUGCAGUCUUUGCAUGUGAAGAUAGCUUGACUGCCGCCUUAACAAGUUAUUAUUGUUAUUAUUUUUUGUUAAACUGGACGUCAGUGUGUAGCAACAUGCGACGCAUAGUCCUCCUGUGCCAAAUCACUUGUCUCUCUCCCUUGUUUUUGACACAGGAAAACUAAGGUCACUCAUCGUUGACAUGUUGAUGUGUGUUCAUACAAUCGGGUGAUUGUACACUUUAAGUAUAAUUUUAUCUUUACUGUCUGCCAGAUGGAAAUAAAACCACCUAAAGUUUACACACUGGACUUUAAAGGGUAACAAUAUCCAGAUCAGCAGUGAGGUGGAAUCAUGCAUGCGAGUGAAGAAGGUCUGUUUCAUAGCAGUCUGACAUUAAUCACAGGCCAACUUUCUCUCACGUCCAAAUCAUUUCAGAGUGGACAAAUCUGCUAAAAACCAAUGAAUGUGGCUUUGAAUGCAGAUUCUAAUGCGUCUCAUUUUUGUUUUUGCUUCAGUUAUUAGACUGAAGCCGUUAUGAAGCAUGAGCACUGACUGGAAGGAAAAAGGUGACUUUUUCUUAAUAGUUUGAUUAAUUUUACUUGUUACAAUGUGUUCGUCAUGGCCAACUGCCAAAUUAAGUGUUUUGUUUUUUUGUCUCCGUUAUUUCAUAAGUGCCAAAAUACAACGGAUGUGAAAAUAACCUUUAAAUAUUGAGAUAUUUCAAUAAAUACUCUUGCUCA